AUGCCACCGCCGACCUCUUCCACCUCUUCAACUCCCCACUCCCAUCAUCACCGCUCGCGCCGCAUCGAAGACGCGCUAAGCCAACUCGUCGACUCCCUCAUCCCCACCACCAUCCCCCGCCACAAUGAAGACGAUGAAACCCUUUCCGAAACAUCGACGGACGAAUAUGCGCGUCUCGAAGCGGCCGAGGCCGACGAGCGACGGCACAGACGCUGUUUGGAAAUGGCAUGGCGGGUUCUGGAUUCCCACACAGCAGCCGCGGCUGCGGCCAGUUCUACAGGGAUAGGUGGUGGCGGUGUCGUUUCAGCGGACGUUAUCAACAAUGCGCCAGACCUGAUCAAGCGCAAGUUGCUGAGAGAAAAUGCGUCGCCGGACAAAGCGGUGCGGUUCUCGAAUUUGUAUUCGAGGCUGUUGACGCAGCCGGUGCUGGGGCAGAAGUGGGCGAUUUUGUACUUGCUCUAUCGGAUCGGGGAGGGUAAGGGACCUGCGGGGAGGAGUGGGGGUGCGGAGACUGCUGCUGCUGCUGCUAGUGGUGGCUAUGGUGCUGCUGAUAGAGGGAAUGUUCGGCGCACCACCGUUACGACGAGGGUGGAGGAUGGGGGUUGGAAAAGGGAUGAUGGCGCGAGGAGUCCGUUGAUGGAUGAGCAUCAGUUGGAUCAUCUGCUGUUUCGGGAUAAAUUUGGUCGAAGAUCUGUGGUUGAUGAUAUCGCGCCUGGCUCGUCCGUUUCCGCUGUGGGUUUGGACAGUCCCUCUGCGGCGGCUGCUGCUGCGCAUGAUGGCGCAUCGGUGCUCACUAGGAAUGGAAAGGAUAGAGGCUCAUAUAGCCCCAGGGCAGUGGAACGGAAACGAGUUGUGGAAAGGAGAGAGAGGGAAAAAGAGAGAGAAGGUAUACCAGCCACUAGUCGGGGAGCUGUUUCUAUCACUCCGGAUGGGGAAUCGAAGUCCCGAAGUCACAGCCAAGCGGAACAACGCCAGGAGGAGGAGCAGCAGCGGCAACAGAAAAAUAAAGGAGGGGUUGAGGGUGGGCCCGCCAAACCUGAUGAAUCGGUUAUAUUACGGGAUUUAUCCUUCACUCUUCAAGGGGUGUCAUCGACGAAUAUGAAAUUCGUAUCGCCUACUUCAUUAAAGCUACCACAGACUUUGCCAGUACCACUUGUGUCUCUUUUACAUACGUUAGCGGAACCUUGUCUACUAUACCGUGGUUUAUCAGCUUUUGUCGAAGAAACGGAAGGCGGCCUUGUGAAGCAGAGUGUACGGGCAGCGAUUGGAAAUGAGCUUCGAUCGUACCUAGGCUUAGUUGCCACUCUUGAAGGCGAGAUCAGAUCGGCAUUAGCGACUGUUUCGGACAACUCCACAGAACCCAAGGGAACCUUGAAAGCCGGCGUUACGUUGAAAAGAUGCGUUGUUUGGAUGAGAGAGGCCACGAUGGCGCUAAGACUGAUGAGUUUGAUAGUAGAAGAGUCAAGAGGCAAAAGGGGUGGACAGUUAAUCACCAUGAUACACGAAUUUUCUUCGUCUCACGGUGAUCCUUUCGUCGGGGCGUUUGCUGAGCGUCUUCUGGCCCAUGUAACCCGGCCAUUCUACGGAAUGUUGAGGCAGUGGAUAUACGACGGUGAACUUUCAGACCCAUAUCGGGAAUUUUUCGUCGUGGAGCCGGAGGUUCGGCCGAGCGUUGAUCCACGACGCGUUGCAACAAGCGUUUGGGAUGACAAGUACAAGCUCGACGAUGACCUGGUGCCGACAAUUAUGACGCCGGAAUUUGCGAAGAAAAUUUUCCUAAUUGGGAAGUCUCUGAACUUCAUUAGGUAUGGCUGUGGGGAUUCGGCGUGGGUAGCGGCGUAUUCAAGAGAUGCAUCAAAGGAAUUAAAAUACGGGGAUACCGCGACGCUCGAGACAUCGAUCGAUGAAGCGUAUAAAACAACAAUGGCUCGCCUGAUUUAUCUUAUGGACUCGAAGUUCAAACUCUUCGAUCAUCUUAUGGCGCUUAAAAAGUAUCUUCUGCUAGGUCAGGGGGAUUUCAUUGCCUUGCUCAUGGAAUCGCUAGCAUCCAACCUUGAUCGCCCGGCGAACUCCCAAUACCGCCAUACCCUGACAGCACAGCUGGAGCAUGCCAUCCGAUCAUCAAAUGCACAAUAUGACUCUCCCGAUGUUUUACGUCGCCUUGACGCUCGCAUGUUGGAGCUAAGCCAUGGCGAAAUUGGCUGGGACUGUUUUACUCUUGAAUAUAAAAUUGAUGCUCCAGUGGACGUUGUAAUAACACCUUGGGGUUCAACUCAGUAUCUAAAAGUCUUCAACUUUCUCUGGCGCGUCAAGAGAGUGGAGUUCGCCCUGGGUAGCACCUGGAGACGUUGCAUGACAGGUGCCAGGGGGGUGCUAGGCAGCGUUGAGGACAAGGUCGGCCAGGACUGGAAACGCGCUCGUUGCGUGAUUUCUGAGAUGAAUCAUUUCAUCAGCCAGCUUCAAUACUAUAUCUUAUUUGAAGUCAUUGAAGCAAGCUGGGACCAAUUGCAAGUAGCCAUCUCAAAACCGGGCUGCACCCUGGACGACCUCAUCGAAGCACACACCAAAUACCUCAACUCCAUCACCCACAAGGGCCUUCUUGGCUCCUCCUCCUCCAGUAAUCCUGCCGGCAACAACAGAGAAGACUCUUUUCUCUCUCAACUCCACCAAAUUCUCAAAAUAAUGCUCACCUACAAAGACGCUGUAGACGGCCUCUACUCCUUCUCCGUCGCAGAAUUCACCCGCCGCCAAGAAUUCACUGCAAAGAUCGAAACGCGCACCGCCCAGGGCCAAUGGGGUGUGACCGAAAAGGACCUCCUCCAACAAUCCCAAUCCCUAUUUCCUUUCACCACCUCCACUACAAGCAACAUCAACCGUCCCAACCGCUCAGACUCCGCCACGCGCAAGGUCCCCGGCUCCGCUUCCGAAUCUCCCUCAGCCGACUCAUCAUUUCCCCUUGGUGGCCGUGGUGGCGGCGCACAUUCAAAAUCGCCCUCUGAACCCAUAACCCCAACAGCAGCGGCAGCGCUACUUGGUGGCGUCGGCACGACGGGCGAUGAAGAUCAUCUCCUCCCCUCUUUACGCACGCGUCUGCGCGACCUCGCAGAGGACUUCCGCACGCGCCUUCUCACGCUCCUUGGCGACUUGGCGUAUCAGCCAGACGUGGAUAUGCGGUUUUUGGGCGUGGUCAUGAAUUUUAAUGAUGUAUAUCAGGUUGUUAGGAGGAGGAGACGGGGGACGGGAGCUGGGAAGGAUAGGGAGAGGCGGAAGGUUGGUGGCGAAGGGGAGAGUAGGGAGAGGGAGAGGGAGAAGGAGAAGGAGAAAGGGAGUGGUUGA